UAAAUCAAAAUGAAAAUUUAUACCGAAUCAUGGACCAAUUAUAAUCUUAAAACAUUUAAAAUUCUUAUAAAAACCCUAAGAAGCUUGUUUUGCUAAUUCAGUGUCAGAGUUAAUUUUAACAAGUUAUCACCAAAGCUUAUCAUUUUUCAAAGAAUGGAAACAAUUUACAAUGAUGUUGAAAAAAUCUGGAGCACUCCGAAUCUUGACAUUGAGCACCGAGGUCUUGGUCAAGCUAUUUUAACAAAAUUAAAAGAUGACAACCACGACAGAAUUUUGGAAGUGUUUUAUGAUAAAGGAAUUUCGUUAACAGUUGGUGAUGUUCGUCAACAAACAAUAAAAGUUGCACAGAAUUUGCAACGAAUUGGACUGAAGAAAGGUGAUACAGUAGUGAUUUACUCAAUGUUGAACAAAAUGAUUACUUCAAUUGCUUUUGCUUUGUAUACUAUUGGAGCACCGGUUAAUUUUUUUGAGACAAAUCUUGAAGGAGAUGACAUCAAUCAAAUUCUUCAGCAAAUUGAUCCAGUACUCAUAAUUUUUGAGGAAGAAUAUCGAUCAAAGCUUUUUACAGCAAUUAAAGAUUCAAAACUUUCUAACUUGAAACAUGUUCUUAGUCUUGAUUCUGAUGUUACUCCCUCAGUCGAAGAAGUUCUAUUUCAAGAUUGUGGAAGCAUCAAUAGCUUCGAAGUACCCAAAAUCGAAGAUCCAACUACCCAUCCAGCUACUUUAUUGCUAACCUCAGGUACAACAAGAUUACCCAAGAUCAUGGUGCUCUCUCAUGCCGUAAUGAUGGAAGGCAUUUAUUCUUGGUAUAAUCUUGAAAAUGGAAUGAAAAUAUUUUCAUUUAGUCCGGUUCGAUGGAUAAGUCAAGUGUCACUCAUGUUGCAACCUGUAUUCUUUGAUGUUCAACGAUUCUACACGUCACAAAAUCCAUCUGGAGAAUUGGGCAGAGACAUCAUCGACACCUGCAAGAUCACUCAUUUUUUAACUGUUCCUACAAAUUAUCCACCAAUUCUCAAAGCAGCCGAACUUUCCGGCAAUCCGGACAGUUUAAGUUCACUGAAAAUAGCUGCAGUUGGUGGUGAAGUGGUAUCAGAAGCUUUGAUAGAUCAUUUUUCAAAAGCUCUGCCAAAUUGUAGACCAGUUAAAUGCUAUGGAAUGACUGAAUUAGGUGGUUUGUGUGCUUCAGAUGAAGAUAUCACCAAAAAAGGUGUUAACGGAGGGGCUUUAAAGAAAGGUUUUAUGGCAAAAAUCGUUGAUGGCAAUAUGAAGCCCCUUGGACCUAACGAAAUGGGUCAACUGCUUAUGAAGAGAAAUUCACUACCUUAUCUGAAGUAUUUAAAAAAUGAUACAGCUAAUAGAGAGAACUUUGUAGAAGGAGGAUGGUUGAAAACCGGUGACUAUGCGUACAUGGAUUCGGAUCAUCUCUUAAAUAUUGUUGCACGAUGUAAGGAUUUAAUUCGAUCAAGUAGAAACAUUGUAAAUUCAAGAACUCCUUUGUAUUUGGUCAAGUACUGAUGUUUUUACAAAACUUGUUUUCAGAUAAUUCCGGGCUCAAUUGAAACUGUUAUAGGAAGUCAUCCAAAUGUGGAGCUUUGUGCUCUUAUUGGACACCCCAAUCCCGAAAAUUCAAAUGAUGAAAUAGGAACUGUUUUCGUUUCUCUUCGAAAUGAUAAAGUCUCGCAGAAAAUCGAAGACGAUUUAAGAAAGCUCCUUGAGGUGAAAUGUACAAAGGAAGAGAUACAAGUAGUUCGGAACAUUAAAAU